GACUGUCUCCUCUCCUCUACUUUCUCUUCUUGCAGAUACGAAUUCUUGGCUUUAUUACGAGGAUAUCUGCGACACAAAAUGUCCUCGUCCGAAGAUGAAGCCGUCCGACGUCCAGGUCGCGGCGGAAGAGCUUACAACGAGGACGUGAGCAACGAAGACGACAACGCCAAUGUGUUUGGAGAUGAAAAUGAUGAUAAAGAUCUUUUUGGCUCGGGCUCAGAACCUGACUUGGAAGAGUUCAUAUUACUACCGCCAAAUGUAAAUCAAGCAGUAACUAAUCGUCUCGCAGACGGCCACAUCGCACUCUUGACGAUUCGGACCUAGAUUCUGGCGACGACGAGGGACGCCAUGACAGGACAGAGGAUCGCAUGGACUUGGGUGAAGAUGGAGAGGAGGGGUUCGGCGAGGUGAAAGUAAUGGACCUCAGUCUUGGAAGGGCGCCGGAGCCGCGAUCCACGAACGAAGAGAUUUAUACAAUGGAAAUUCCAAAUUUUCUCUCUUUGGAAACGGAAGAGUUCAGACCUGAAACAUAUGUGGCGCCACCGUACUUUACAGCUGCGACUUCCUUGUGUUGGCGAUACGAUCCCAAAGACCAGACGAGCCUCCAAUCCAACGCUCGUAUCAUCCAAUGGGAGGACGGCUCACUUACUUUGCAACUUGCAUCUAAUCCCAAGGAACAGUACAGGAUCGCAUCGAAACCACUGGCACCACUCAACAAGGCAGGAAAUUACGAUUCUACUCUUGAUACACAUACAUACUUAGCAGCAGCCGCCGAGACCGCCUCAGUAUUCAAAAUCACGUCGCAUUUGACUCACCAAUUAAGACCUCUACCAACCAAUUCAGAGACCGACGACGCUAUUCAACGUCUACAAGAGAAUCUGGCCGCUGCUGGGCGUGGCGGUAAAGCCAAUGCCAACGGCAAUGGAAUUGCUAUCAUCGAUAUCAAGGAAGACCCCGAACUAGCUGGGAAGAGGGCUGAAGCUGCGGAAAAACUGAAAAUGAGGGAAGACAGAAAGCGACAACAAUAUGCAGACCGCGAACAGAACAGAACUGCCCGCCGUGGAACAUAUCGCCCAUCUCGCGGCGGGCUCACUGCUGCCGGAUUGGAAGACGAUGAUGGCAUGUUUGCUACAAGACCGGCCAAAAGACGUCCUCGUACCAAUCGCCACGGUGAAAUCUACUCAGAUGAUGAAGAAGAGCACGGCCGACGUCGACAGGAUUCUUAUGAAGUUGACGAUUUUGUCGCUGAUGACGACGAAGAGUUAGAAGAGGUUGAGGAUGAAGAAUCUCUUCCUGACGAUGAAAUGGAUGCUGAAGGAGAGGAUGAUGAUGAGGAAAUCGAAAAGCGUGCGCCAUCACCUAAACGGAGAGAUGCCGGUGAAGGUGGUUCCGGUUCGCCACCUGCGAGGAAGAAGAAUCGUUAUCGUGUUGAGGAUGAUGACGACGAGGAAUAGCAUCUUGCAUUAUUAUGAGGUCUAUUUCAAUUUGAUUUUGGCUUGUCAGAGCAUAUGGUCAAUACGUAACAUGAUAAUAUCUUCUGCAAAGG